AAGUCUCACAUGUUUCUGCUCUGCCAAUUACGCAUUCCAAUUCCCAUGCUUAGAACUAAUAAUUGUGAGUCAAUGCCCUAAUAUGAAGACUUUUUCACAGGGAGGUUUAAGAACACCAAAAUUAAAUAAGGUGCAAAAAACAAAGAAGAUCAAUGCAGAGUCUUUAUGGAAGGAUGACGUUAACUCCACAAUCCAACACAUGUUUACAAAUAUGGUUGGUUUCGACAACACAGAGGAUCUGAAACUCUCUGAAUUCCCUGAAUUCAAAGAAAAAAUUUGGAAAUCUGAAGUUCCGGAUGGCUUAUUUUAUAAUUUAAAGUCGUUGGUUUUGGACACAUUUUUGGAAUCAUCAAGUGCAAUUCCAUCUUGUGUGUUAAGUAACUUAAAAAAUCUUGAAACACUGGAAGUAAGAAGUUCUGAUGCGCUGAAACAAGUGUUUGAUACAGAAAGACCACUAAAUGUAAAUGGACAUGCUUUAAAGAGAAGUCAUAAAGAUGUUUUAAACUUGAACAAUUUGAAGUCUCUUAAAGUGCACAAUUGUAAUGGACUGAGAUAUAUAUUUACACCGUCCAUCAUCCUAGGCCUUGUUCAACUUCAGGAUAUAGAAGUAAAAAACUGUGCUUUGAUUGAAGAAAUCAUCAGGAAAGGAAGAGAAAAUUAUGCAGAGAUUGAUAAAAUUUUUAUCCCCCAACUGAACUCCAUCAGUCUUGAGUCAUUGCCAAGCUUGACAAGAUUCUGUUCAGGAAUUAAUAGUUUGGCUUGUCCGUCCUUGAAAAGUAUUAGAGUAGCCAGAUGUCCAGAGAUUGAGACAUUCGUUUUUGCUGAUAUGAAGCACCAAUCAGACCAUAUUGCACCUCUCUUCUGUGAAAAGGUUGCUUUUCCAAGGGUGGAGGAGAUAAUACUCUUACACUUGGGUAAGUUGCAGUUGAUCUGGCACAACCAACUCCAUGGAGAUUCUUUUUGCAAAUUAAAAGAAGUGAGGGUUGAAUUUUGUGAAAAUUUGGUGACUAUUAUUCCAUCUAAUAGUACUCAAAGACUUCUUACCUUUCAGAAUCUAGAAACAUUAACUGUUGAGAACUGUUGGAAUAUAAAAAGUUUGUUUCCAGUUUCCAUAGCUACUAGUCUUUUGCAACUCAAAAGACUUAUGCUAUACUCUUGCAGUUUGGAGGAAAUUGUAUCGAAGGGGAAAGUUGGUUUGGCACCUAGAUUUUUGUUUCCUCAAUUAACGUGUCUAAAACUUGACAAUUUACCAGAGCUCAAACAUUUCUACAUGGGGUCUUAUACAGCAGAGUGGUCAAUGCUAAAGGAAUUGCUUGUAUACCAAUGUGAGAAGUUAAAAGCAUAUGCUUUACAUGGAGAGAGCCAACCUGCCCUAUUUUCGUUUGAAAAGAUAUAACUUCUCUUAUUGCCACUAAAACUAUUGCAUAGUCAAGAAGGUCAUAACCAAUUUGGAAGCAUUGGGUUUAAAUGCUGAUAACGUUACAUCCUCAUGUCUUGACCGUAUUCUAGCUAGGAGCUUUGGGAAACUUAAAUUUCUUGGACUUGGUCGUUUAGGUGAUGAUUCAGUAGGAUUACAGUUUGGUCUCCUUCAAAAAUUGCACAAUUUGGUAGAACUCGGUCUAUCUGAUUGUACAUUCCAAGAACUACUCCCAUAUGAAAGAUGUACAAGGAAACAAAAUUCCCAGAUUGAAACAUUUUUCCAAAAUCUUCAAACUUUGAGUGUAUGGAGAUGUCAUCAUUUGACAUAUUUGAUGUCAUCCUCAUACACUUGCUUAAAAAACAUAAGGCAUUUGGAAGUCUAUAGUUGUAAUAGAUUGGUAAAUAUACUAGCAUGCUCAGCAACAAGAACUCUUGUCCAAAUCACAACAAUCAAGAUCAAAGAAUGCGAGUUAGUAAUAGAGGUUAUAGCAACUGAGUCUGAGAUAGAGACAACAAAAGAGAAGAUUGUUUUUGGCAAAUUGGAAACAUUGAAGCUUCAUUGUUUGAAAAGCCUAACAUGCUUUUGCUCUACCAAAUAUGCUUUCCAAUUUCCAUGCAUAGAACAAGUGAUUGUGACUCAAUGCCCUAGUUUGAAGAUUUUUUCUCGUGGAGGUUUAAGCACACCAAAACUAAAGAAGGUACAACGACUAGAGAUUAUUGAUGUAGAAUAUUUUUGGAAGGGUGACCUUAAUUCCACUAUCCAACACGUGUGGGAUUUGUGUGUCUUAAACUUUUACUUGAAGGGCAUAAUUGUAAUUUAUUAAAGCAGGGUUAAUAUUCAUUUCUUGGUAAGGUAAAAAAUAUUCAUCUAGAGGCUUAGAUAUUUCUCCAACUUUGUAUAUAAAAAACCAGAGUUAUUUGAAUCAGUGAAAUUCGAUAUGUUGAGUGUAUCUUAAGUAUUUUGAGGGUAAAUGAGUCUUUUUGGCUUUAAAGCCGGUCUUGUAAUAUUGUGAAUAAGUCAUGGGCAUUAUUGGUUCUGAUAUUUUUAGCCAAACAUAUAAAAGUAGUGUUUUAUUUUAGUUAUUUUGCUUUUUGCGCAUUCGAUAAGUUCUUCUAUUUCUAGUUUAGUCGUCUCUUUAGGUUUUGUUUGGUUUUUCAAUUUGUUGAUUCCAGUUUGUUUGGUAAGAAAUUUUUGGCUUCUCUUUAUUGGUUCCUUCUUUGUUAGGGUUAAUGGUUUACUAAUCUUGUUGAUUUGGAUAAAUUAUUAUAUAAACUUUGUACUUGGACAUUAUAUUAGUGGAUUGAUUAGAGGAAUACCUCUGUUUUGGAUGUAGAAUUUCGUUUAUGAAAUCCAAACUAAGUAAAUAUUGUUGUGUUUUGAUUCUUGUUAUGAACUUAUUAAUAUUGUUUGAUU